GCAUGUUUCCUUAGAUAAAUCUUGACAAUUUCAUCAAUCUAGGCCCAAGCAAGUGAAGAAUCUCGUUGAUGAAAUUGUCUCGAGAUUUGUUUGCGUUUCACAUGUUCUUUUGGUAAUCUCGAGAUGGGGGAGGAGAGGGUUAGUUUUCAAAAAGCUAUUUUCGACCAUUUCCCUUCAAAAACCCUAACCCCCUUCCUUCCUUCCUUCCUUCCUUCCUUCCUUUCCUUAUUUUUUUUGUUCUCUCUAUCUACCACUCUGCCGAUCGCCGAUGUCCCGUCGCCGCCCUUCUUUUUUUCUCUUUUCUCAUAGCUUCAUCCUCUUGUGAGGCAUUUGUAGUUUCUCCCCUUCUUCUUCUCAACAAGGUACCAACACCUCACUCUUCCUUCUCCUCCCACUUCUUUCACUCAUGUCUUACUUGUUUCGCAGAAUCCUUCUACUUAGAUCUCCAUCGUCUGUCUUUUCUCACGGAUUUUCCGAAUGUCCGUUGAAAUCUCUCAGAUUCUUAUCGACCUCUUCUGAGGUUGUAUCAUCUCCUAAAUCUGCUUCAUUGGCUUCUAACGCUGUUUGGCUCAAGAAUAAUCGGAAGGAUGUGAUUGCGUUACUUGCGAAUCAUGGAUUCUCUCAAUCACAAAUCUCUGACCUUGCCAAGAGGUUGCCUCAAAUUUUUUCUGCGAACCCCGAGGAAAGCCUAUUGCCCAAAUUGUUGUUUCUUCAAUCUAAAGCCUUCGAUUACAUUCAAGCCGUGCUUGGAACUGAGGAGAAGGCUGUCGCUGCCAUUAAGCGCUUUGCGGGUAUUCUCACUCAGGAUCUUCGAAUUUCAGUUGGUCCCAAUAUUGAAAUUCUGAAACAAAUUGGAGUGCCGGAUUCAAAUAUUUCAACUUAUCUUCAGCAGCAGCCUAGAAUGUUCUUCGUAAGUUCCAUCCGAUUCAAGGAGAUUGUAGAGAGAGUUACGGAAAUGGGAUUCAACCCUCAACGAUUGCAGUUUCUUGUUGCUGUUUUUGCUCUGCGAUCAAUGACCAAAUCUACAUGGGAUAAGAAGGUUGAAGUUUAUAGGAAAUGGGGAUUGUCUGAAGAAGAGAUCCGUUUAGCUUUUAGAAAGAAUCCAUGGGGUAUGAGAGCUUCUGAGGAUAAGAUCAAUGAUGUAAUGGAUUUUUUUGUCAACAAAAUUGGAUGUGAAUCAUUUUUGGUUGCUAGAAGACCAGUUUUAAUUGCACUUAGUUUGAAGAAGAGGAUUCUGCCUAGAGGUUACAUAUAUCAAGUUUUGCUGUCAAAGGGUUUGAUUAAGAAUUUUUCUUCGUUGUUUCACUGUUCUGAAAACCGUUUCAUAGAAAAAUUCAUCAACCCUCAUAAGGAGCAGAUUCCUGGAUUGUUGGACUUGUAUAAACAGAAAUUAAUGGAUUUAGAAGAUGAACAAGUUCGAUCUCCUUGAAAUUUAACUGUUUUGUUAGUUUAUGUGUAGUGACAACUGAAAUUUAUAAAUGUUAAAGAGUUUGUGUUUCUACAUUAUCA